GGGAAACAAUAAUUUCGUAAGUUUUAUUUAACCUAUAUCUAAACAACACAAUAUCUUAUGUAAUUCACGUUUUUUCUUUACUAUUGGUAUUCGUUUCCUUUCACUCUUAUUCAAUGGGAAACUCAAAGCCAGAGUUUAACCUUUGCAUGGUCAAUAAAAGGGUCUGUCUUAAAAUGCACUUCUCCCCAAAAAGUCUUUCUUAAAUAAAGUCAUUUGCUGAAUGACAUGACAUGAGGAUGUAACGCAGGUAAAAUCACUGUAGAAAUGUGUAGAUAAUAAAAAUUUCAGGGAAAAAAAUUCUUUGAUGGUUCUUUUCUUAUUCAAAUUUUAAAUAUAUUACUUCAUUGAUUCAUUUAUUACUCGUAGAUACUGUAUUAAAACACAAAAAUUUAUUCAUCUUGAUAUACGUUUGCUUUUCAGAUUUUUAUUACCAUUUUCCGUGGUUUCAUGGCUGUUUGGGGAAUAGAAAGUUGGAAUCAUUGCACAAGUAAUCCUAACUGUCGCUGUGUCCCAAAGAGUAACCAGAGGUAUCUAGCAGACUGUUCAAAUCUCACAAUCACUAAGGUACCCGAAACUCGACCAGAUGUCGACACUCUAAAUUUAGGACAUAAUAGAAUAAGUCACAUCUUGUACCCGUUCAGUACAAGCCUCAUACAUUUAGAUAUGUCUUAUAACCAACUUCAAAAUUUUACAAACGAUGUGUUCGCAAACUUAACACGCUUGAGAACUUUAAAUCUAGAGGGAAAUCAACUCCAAAUGGACAAAAGCAUAUUCAGACCGCAAAUCUUCCGAGACUUGAAAGAUUUACGUGCACUAAACAUCAAGAAGACUACAAUCAAGGUUCGGAACAACACAUUUCCAGAUAAAAUGUGGAAACAUCUCUUCUCAUUAAAGACUCUCCGAAUUGACGUCUAUUCUUCGACACAAUUUGGUCGACAGUUUCGCUCAUUGACCUCACUGAAUGUCCUAGAUGUAUCAAGCUUUUCAGGGUCUUGCUCGAUAAAACAAAUUGGAGAAAGGUUCUUUGAAAACCUGCCUCACUUGGAGGUUCUGGAUCUGUCCUCUUGUCAGAUAAAAAGCAUUGCAGCAGGUGCCCUAAAGAAUCAACGAAAUAUAACGGUCCUUGAUAUUUCAUACAAUGAAAAACUUACAUUUGCAAGUUUUGCAAAUAUAACAAGCGAUUUACAGUCUUCCAAAAUAAAGGUUUUGAAAGCUAACAAAAUCCACUGCACAUAUGGUUUAGGUACUGUGAUACAAAUUCGUGACGUCAUGCACUUUCGGAACACUUCUCUCGAAGAAAUUUACCUAGAGAACAACAGACUAGCUCUUUUCGAAAGAUAUGCUCUCCUCUAUUUUCCCCACACUCUCAGAAUAGUGUCGCUUGUCCAAAAUAAAAUGGCACCUGGUACUUACUUAAUGGAUCUUAUAUUCUUAACAGGGAUGAAAACACUUGACUUGUCCCUCCAGUUGGCGUCCAAGCCCAUUAGCAAACUAGUAGAAGCUUUCAUUUGUCAGAAUCCUAUACGACCUUCCGAUAACACAGUGGAGAGACAUUUCAACAAAUUCAACACAGAAAAUUUUCAAAUUGGAUAUAAUACCACCAUAACUCUGCCGAAAAAUUUAAGAACUCUCAUACUGAGAACAUGUGGCAUACAUUUGGAACUGUUUAGGAUUCUUGUAAACCCAUCCAAUCAGUUGUCCCAUAUAGACCUUUCCCAGAAUGUUAUCUCUCGCUUCACGGGACCCAUUAUAGGAUUUAAUAAACUGAAAUAUUUGGACUUGUCAAAUUGUUUUUGUUCCUCACUUUCAACCGCUUUAUUUGAUUUUACGUCAGCAUUGCAAGUCUUAAAGCUUAACAACAACCUCUUAGGUUUCAGUCUGAAAGACGAUUUGGACGGGGGAACAUUUAAGAAUCUGGUCAAUCUUCAAGAGCUAGACUUAUCGGACAACAGAAUACAAGUGCUUCCUGAAAUGUUAUUCAAAAAUCUAGGAAAGCUUCAAAAGCUAAAUAUAAGCUCUAAUUUCUUGACAGAAUGGAAUGUGAAGAUUGAUAACAUGUGGAACCUGCUCAUGAUUGAUAUCUCAGACAAUACGAUAAGGCAACUCAGUCAGGACGCCACAGUCUCGCUUUCAGAAAUAUUAAAAAAGAAUAGACAUUUUAAAAUUUCACUGGCAGACAAUCCUUUUACUUGUUCAUGCCAUUCUCGACAUUUUUUACAGUGGUCUUCCAAAUAUCGCAAGCAUAUCUCGGACUUUCAUCAGAUGAAAUGUAAGUUAGACAAUGGAACAAGCUUUGGUUUCCAAGACAUAGAAACAGUUUUACGAUUGCUUGAAACUCGGUGUAAAAAUUAUCAAAUGUUAACAUUCGUCAUUACUUCUGUCAUAGUGUGCUUCGUGACAAUCAUCGUUACUGGGUUAUUUUACCGCUACCGAUGGAAACUGCGGUACUUGUUUUAUAUGACCAAAAACAAAUACCGACUAGCCAACCCUAUAUAUCAAGAUACGUUUACGUUUGAUGCCUUUAUAUCAUACGCCGAUGAAGACAGUGAUUUCGCAGUGCACGAGUCGAUUUCCCAGCUAGAGGAAUCAAGAGGACUGCGCCUGUGCCUCAGCAAGAGGGACUUCCGGCCCGGUACAGAGAUCGCAGGAAACAUUACAGAAGCUAUCACCAAGAGUCGUAAAACAAUCAUAAUUCUGUCUAAUCACUUCCUGAACUCUUACUGGUGUAUGUAUGAAUUCAAUAUGGCAAGGAUGGAGAGUAUUUAUACCCGGAAUGGAAAGGACGUACUGUUCAUGGUUAUGUAUCGACAUGUGACUGCUAAGAUGUUGCCUUUAUCAAUGCUGGCCUUGGUAGAAAGUCGGUCCUAUAUUGAGUACCCCGACGAUCCUCAGGGGGACGUCGUAUUCUGGGACAAAGUAGCUGAAACAUGCAAAAAGCCUUCAGAUUAAAGUCAACGACACCUGCAAAAAGCUUUCAGAUUAAUUAAGCCGACACCUACGAAAAGCUUUAACAUUAAAUUAGCGACCACCUGCAAAACCCUUCAAGAUUUACCAACUCCUGCGAUUGGUCCUUAAGGCAAAAAACACUGUCAAAAGCCCUUCUAAGAUAAGAAAAAAUAUAUGAAAUUUAAAAAAGUGAAGAAAAAACUGUGGUCUCCAAGAAACUAACAAGCAAUACAGAUCUGAGAUUAAAUCUUUAACUAUGAAGAUUGCUCCAACUCAAAAGUUCAUAGAAACAAUACAUAUUUGGAGCUAAACAAAACACGCAAAGACUCCCUAAAAACAGGGGGGGAUCAGCGCUGGAAAUAAUAAAGGUAUUUAAGAUUUGUGCUAAACUGCACACCUUUAAAAUUGUAAGUUGAAAUCGGAGUUGCAGCAAUUCUAUGCAGAUGACGUUAUGAAACUAUCGAAAAACGAAAAAGAAAGUUGAGUCCACGUUGAUUUAUCUCUCACUAGGAUGAAGGAACAGGGUGCAAAAUGGCUUGUGAAACUUUAUGAUCACAUGAAAUCAAACCCAGGCGUAAUAUAAAAAAAAUAAGACAUCGAGAGUGGUAAUCUUGACGGUUAAUCUUUGGACUAGGUAUUUUGUUCUAUGUCUAUUAGAUCAAAACUGAAAUGUACAGCUGUGUCAUCAACACUGCACAUUUGUAUCUACCUCCACUGAAAUAUUGCCGACUCGGCGUUAAACAAUAUACAAUCAAUCAAUCUUACCAGUAGAUAAAAUCUCAAAUUCAAAAGGAGUUCAAGA